AUGACGAAACAGCCAGGAAACGAUACUUGUGCAGACUGUGGUGUAAAAGGACCUCGAUGGGCUUCUCAUAAUCUUGGCUUAUUUCUUUGCAUACGUUGUGGUGGUUUACAUCGUAAAAUGGGUACCCAUAUUUCCAAAGUCAAAUCAAUAUCUUUAGAUUCUUGGACACCAGAACAAAUCGAGAAUAUGCGACAAUGGGGAAAUUUGAAAGCUAAUGCCAAAUGGAAUCCUCGUCCAGAAUUUCAUCCGGUGCCAGUUAAUGCUUCUGAUAGCGAAAUGGAAAGGUACAUACGAAACAAAUACGAAAAGCAAAUUUAUCGUGAAAAUCCCGAUAAGCAAUCAACACAUCUUUCGUCUGUUGCUCCUCCGUCAACACCUCCACGUCGUCCAACGAACAAUUCCAUCUUAAAAUAUAAUAAUGAACGUAGGAAUCAUGAUCUCGCGCUGCGCCAACUCAAAGAGAUGGGAUUCGAUGAUAAUACUCGAAAUCGCGAAGUUUUAGAUACUACUAAUGGGGAUCUUGGUGCAACUAUUGAAAUUCUCUGUAAACUUUCUAAGAGAUCAGCUAAUGAUAAACUAACUCAAUUAUGGAAUUUGGGUUUUCAAGAUGAAACAAAGAAUCGUGAUGCUCUUCGACGCACUGGUGGUAAUGUUGAAGUAGCUGCUGCACUAUUAUUGGAAGCUCGUAAUCCAGUGAACAAUAAUUCUAGUAAAGUCAAUAGUGCAAGUCACAAUCCUAUAGCCACUUCCCAAACAGAGAAACAACGAAUGCACGUUAAAUUACCAGUUUCACAACCCAGUCAAUCACUUUUAGACUCACCAUCCUCGCAACAAAUCUCAUUUCAACAGUCACAAAUAACCGCUCAAAAUUCAUCUCAAAACCUUUGGAAUUCGUUUGGAUCUCAAGGAACCGGUUUGUUAAACUUAUUUACGCCUCAAAAAUCACCAUCUAAUGUAUUUAGUUCAAUGAACAAUGGAACGCAAUUAAGACCAGUCAGUUCCGGAUUUGGGCAAAAUCAAAAUCAAUUUAGUCAGGUUAAUCAGUUUACUCAACAGAAUUUAACAGAUAUAGGAGGAAACGGUUUUAAUUCCAACAAACCCUUUGGAAAUAUGAGACCUCCUAUAUCUGGUUCAAACGGGAUGAAUGGAAUGGGAAAUCCUGAUUUACUCGGAAUAAAUUUUAACACAAAUAAUUCUAAUACACACAAUAAUGUAUUAACAACUAAUGGUAACUCGUAUGGUGGAAUUAUGCAACAACAAAAUUCAAUGAUUACACCUAGAAUGAUGCCAGAUCGACAACAUUCUUUACCAAAUUUUGGAAACGUGUCUACUUUUACCAAUAAUACACCGGGAUUUGGUGGCGAAUUUGGACAAUUGCAGCAACAGGUUACAACUUCUAAUUUUGCAAUGCAACAGCAAAGAACAUCAUCAGUUUGA